GUUAAAUGACAAAGGAAAAGAUAUUCCAAUAAAAGCAGAAGACGUCCAAGAAAACGAUGAGAUAUGUAGAUCUGUAGAGGGCACUGAAAUGCCAAUCGAUGUGACACCGUAUCGUGUUUGGUUUUCAGCAGCCCCAGAGAAUCAAGACCGUCGUGCAGCCAAGUGUCCUGAAAACGAGUACAAGAACGAUUCUGAACCAAGAGGUCGUGCACUCAUUAUCAACAACAAGACAUUUUCCGUGGACUGGCUUCCAGAACGUGAUGGUACCGAGGUAGACGUUGUUGCCUUGAGGGAACUAUUCCGUUACCUCCAUUAUGAGACAGACGUUAUCAGUAACCUGACUGCAAAUGAAAUGAAGGAAGAAAUAGAACAAGAAAGUCAAAGAGAUGAUCACAAGAUUUACGAUUCUUUCAUCUUGUUUCUACUGAGCCAUGGUACCAAGGGUGCUGUUUAUGGAACGGAUGGCUAUCCUUUACCCUUCAAAGAUAUCAAAGCCAUUUUGAAUAACAGGAACUGUCUUGGCCUGUCGGGCAAACCGAAAAUGAUAUUUAUUCAGGCUUGCCAGGGAAGUAAGUUAUGGAAUGUAUUACACAAGCUUGAAUACCUGCGAUGAAAAUAACAUGCAAAAUUAUUAAACAAAUGUAUUGAGAUAUUAAACUGUAUUAACAGUUUGUCUCCUUUAAAUUAUAUUCAGCCAC